AGGAGGUUUUCUUUUCCAAGUUCACAAUGGCGAUCGAGGGCGGCAACGAUCGCAUCAAGAGGAUCUCGACGGCGAUCCGUGUGAUCCCAAAUUUCCCCAAGCCCGGGUGCCGCCAUCUACCAGUGGUUGUCGGCAGCCAGCAAAUCACCUCCAACAAUCAUUCCCUGAGAUGCGCAUCAAAUCCUCAAAGGAAUUUUUUUUUUAUUGGCGUGCCUAACAUGUCUGUUUACCUUGGUUGUGCAUGGCCAGCAAGCGAGAGAGGCAAGGGACACACACUCGAAGCAAUAGUCUGCACUUCUUCCUGUCAAUUCUGUCACCACCUGCAAUAUCCACCAACCAGCUUGGGUUCCAUCAUAUUUGUAGCAUUAAUUCAGAGUUUUUUCAGUGAUGCAUUUUUAGCUUUUAGGCUCCACUGUUUGGAAGCUUUGAGAUGGUCGAAUUUAUUUUUCAAAAAAAAUUCCCCGAAAAAUGAUCCUGCAACUACGUGCUAAGUUGCAGGUUGAAAAUCAUGUUAAUAAGGUUAUGGUAAAACUAAAAAAGAGAAUUAAGCAAGUCGAUCCGUCGCUGGC